AUGGGGGAGAUCUACGUUGCAGUCGUCGCAAGCCUCCCCGACAUAGCCCAAAAUGCGGAAGAAGCCAUUGCCCUUCUGCAGGCGAUCCAGGCCACAGCCUCUUGGGCGUACGAUCCACCAGGCCUCAACACCAUCUCCUUCACAAGUGCGGACCUAGCGCAAAGUGUCUUCAGCCACAUUAGCCUGAGUCCACCCCAUCUCAGAGGCCAGCCCUUUUGCCUAGAGCUCAUGAAAGCCUUUGCUCGCCUAACACAGGCCUACACGAUGAACGAGGUAGCCCACGUGGCAGGCUCCCACAAUGAGUGGGCCGACGACCUCAGCAGGGGAAGGCUCCAGGCCUUCGCCCAUCGCCCACAGGAACGGAAGCUUUGCACUAAAUUCCGGCAAGUCGCCACGGGGUCAUUGAGACAAACAUGUGAUGCUGCAGAAGCCCCUUGCACGAUCAUGGACAUCAGCAAGGUCGUUGAUGUCCUCCGGCGCAGCGAAUUCUCGUCUUCAAAGGUGGCACUUCUAAUCGGCUUUCUCGCCUCGGUUCGAAGCGCUCCUGUUUUCUGGUCGACCCUGCUUUCUUUGUCAUUCCUGCUUUGGUACAGCUAUGACUUGACUCGUGCCUGUGACGAACAGACAGCAGCACUUUGGGCAAAAUGUGUUCUUCCCGUGCGUGUCGCCGGCUUUGCUGAGCAAUUUGGCAAAGGCUCCAUCACCUGGGGUCCGAUGGCACGUUGGGCUCCGGAGAGUGACAGCGUCGCCAGCGUGCUAUCCCCUGAUUUCGCUGAUGCUUCUGCAGUGAAGCGUUUCGAUGCAGUGAGACGGCAUGUGCAAUGCGUUUUUGCAGCAAAAGCGAAGUUGUGGGGCAACGAUUGGUGUCCGCUGGCUUGUGGUGCAGAGUCAGAGGAGGCAGUUUUGGUGGCGAAUGUGGCACUCUGUCUUCCGCGGCUGCUGCGCUUCUGCUUGAUGGUCAAGCAAGGCGCAGCUCUGGAUGGCUUUGUCUUUGAGGUUCGUGGAAGGAAUUACUGCGAUGAGCUUGGGAGAUUCGCAAUGACUGUUCGGAAAGUUCUGGCGGGUUUUAGUGCUGGCGACCCUUCGGGCACAGACUGCUUCAAGGGGCGAGUGGAAGGCCGUGGCUGGUAUUUUCAGUUUGCUCGAGAACCAAUCUUCGUCACCACUUUUGCACCUUGUUAUGACAGUGGGCAUCCGAGAUACCAGUUCAAUCAACACACAGACUCCUGCUUCAUUCUGAUGCAGCCAGAGGAAUCAUUCCUCCGGCAUGAUCUCCCUCCGGACAAGCCGCGAAGUGCAACGAACUGGGAAACACCAGCUGAUGUGCGUGAUCGCAUUCGGGCCAACUUUUGCCGCCACGGACGAGAGUACCGGAUUCCUGAGACGACUUCAUAUCCCCCUGCGGACUUCAUCGUUGCACCCAUGGACGCGCUUCAUGACUCUCCCGUGCGGUUCUGGGAAAAAGUUGGGACGAGCUCAGAUGGUCUUUGA